AUGCUCAUGAACCUCUUUACAUCAGAUAACUGCCUCGUUCCUCUUACAAACUAUGGACUCAAAUCCAUGUCAAUGGGCUAUCUCCUCCCCCAAACACAAGCCGACAGCACAACAGGCGAGGUACCGAUGGACUCUACGCCAAUUUCCUGGCGCGGACUGAUGGUCACAAAAGCCAUGCAUCAACUCCUCCACUCCGUCUCGUGGGGUCCGCUAGACGUCCUAAUCCUCGACCUGCCCCCCGGAACAGGUGACGUCCAGCUGACAAUCAACCAAGAAGUGAUAAUAGAUGGCGCAGUUAUUGUCUCAACACCCCAGGACAUCGCUCUCCGCGAUGCAGUACGGGGUAUCGGGAUGUUCCAGCGCAUGGAAGUGCCUGUCCUGGGAAUGGUGCGCAACAUGGCAUAUUUCGCCUGCCCACAAUGCGGACACGAGACUCGUAUCUUCUCACAUGGUGAUAGCCACCACCACACGCACGGCGAGAACCACGGAGUCGUGGCCGAAUGCAAGCGUCUUGGUGUAGACUUCCUGGGCGACAUUCCUCUUGAUGCUCGGGUAUGCGAAGAUGCAGACCGGGGCGUGCCGACCGUCGUCGCGGAGGAGAGUGCUGAGCGCAGUGCUAGAAGAGAUGCUUUCCUAGGGGUUGCUGAACAGGUGGCUCGGAAAAUUGGGUUGGACUGGCGUUGA